AUGGCUGCUACCCAGCCAGCACUUGCAGUACUGCAAACACUACAGGCUGAACUCUCCCCUGGCUCGCCAUUGACAUUUAGUAGCCUUUUCAGGUUCAUGACCCUGGCAUCUACACUUAGGAACGACAUCUUACUCGUCCAAGCUGCAUCACACCCCUCCAAUACUGCUCCCGACUUUAUCUCUCCUGCCAUCAAUUUGUUCUUGGCAGCCUGUUGUGAUCUUGGCGAAAGUGAUGUAGAUGUGUACUGGAAGGUUCUCAAGGAUGUCGUGUGGCAUAGCAAUGGAGAUAUAUUUGGUAUCGAGGACAUGUUCCCCUUGUUUGCGAAUCAUGGGCGACAAUAUGGAAUCACACUUUAUCCUCCUCACCAGACGUGCCUGACCGAAGGCUGUCCCGCUCAUGCAAAGGCUUCUGUUCUCAAGAAAGCCGAGCAACGACAGAUCGUUCUAUAUACAUUGGACGGUGGCCCGAUUGCUACAUACUCUAUCCACCUCUAUUGUGCAGAGUGCAACACCAAUUACCACCAUGGAUAUAGUGUCAAUUACAAGACUCGUACAUUCUACCCUGGCAUUCCUGACGUCAUACAAGUCGGUGGACACCAGUUCGUGGAAACUAGGGUUGUGCGCAUGUGGCGCACACUGAUGCUUGUCUCGUGGACAUCAAUGUCCAAUUGCGCACAACUAUAUAAUGUAGCGCUGAAGCAGAAUGUGAAACCUCCUCCCGACUUUCCGUGGAACUUCGAACUUACAGGAGAUCACGUUUGGCACGGUUUUGUGCAGCUCGCUCUCAUGGAAGACUGCAUUGAGCGUCACACCAUAUUGUCUGUUCCUCAAGACGGUGACCAGAAAGCACAUUUUAUGGAUGCCAUCAGUGAGCGCAACAACCGCAUCCGAACCUAUGGUCAAGAAGAACUUCGCCACUACUGUAAUAAAUGCACUCGCUUUCGUAGGGAUGACUCAGGCACGCUCACUUCAAAAUACUCAGUCGUCGUUACUGAUGGUGUUACCGUUGGGCACCCAUGCUGUGCCAUCCACAACUGCCAUGCACCUCUCAACAACAAUUGCGAUCACUUUUGCCCCGCUCACACUGCCACACACGCGCACAAAUGUGCAAUUAUUGCUUGCUCCAAUGACGCUCUUGCCAAGAGCAAGGUGUGUCAUCUGGCAGAGCAUAAAGCUGUGGAGCGCACAUAUCAACUGCGCGGACAAAGUCGUUUCCAGCUGCAGCAACGUCUCCAGCGCUCCCAGCUUGCACAUCCCACCAACUCUACACCACAAGAUGUCCCAUUGGAUGACCUUGUUGACGAUGCUCCUCUGGAGGAAGACUACACGCUGAACAUCGACACUGACGGGCAUGUAGAAGCCACCCAACUUGUAGUCGCUCCGUGUGGGAUGAUCUUGGCGAGGGAAACUUUCUAUGGGGCAGAGGGUGUCGGCAGUGUCAUUGAAAUGAUCAAGCGCGUAUUCCGUUCUGUCGACAUUUUUCAUUUCAACUGCAAGCACGCAGUCACAGAUCGAUGGUGUCAAGAAAAUUGCAACCCUGCUGCAUUUGAGGGUCUUCUUGGCGACGACAGUGUUGGCUGGUACUUCAAUUUGUCUAUCGCGGAGCAGACGAAUGUAUGGUUCAGUGGUUAUCACGCUAUCUGUCGUGAGAUGAUUGUUCAUAGAUACAGGUUUUUUCUUGACGAGAUGGUCAUGCAGAAAAAUAGGCUUACAAAGGCAAAGUUGGAGAAGGAGGGCAGGCGCCCUGGUAAUUGGCCAUUAGCUUAG